UUAGCAUAUCGAUUUACAAGAUUUCGAGCUUUAAAUUCUAUGUGUUGUGUUUUAAAGUGGUUACUUUAAUGUAUUUAUUGUGAGGACAUUAAAAAUUUUUAAAUUGUGAAUGUGCAAGACAAGACGUAUCCAGAGAGUUGUUCUGAUUACAAUAAUGUAAUCAUGAGAGAAGAAAUAUGCAUAAUUUUCAUAAUGAUUUUGACUUGUUCUCUUGCAUUCAAUUUGUCAUGCCCCGAACAAGGACAGUGGAAUUACAGAGCAACUGCCAAUUGUUUCGGUGAUCUGAAUAAAUACACAUGCCUCUUAGAUGCUACAAAAACCCGCUAUACAGAAACAUGUGAUGGUUCUAGGGAUGAAAUUGAAGGACAUAAGUCAACCAUAAACCGGAAUAAUUUUGAUACUACGAAAUGCAGACCAGAGAGAUUCCAACCAAUAGACUUUACAACAGUCGGAAACAGUGACUGUGUUUUCCAGAAGUCAAAAUGUGUCCAGGAAGGUCAAAUCAUUUCUUCGCUCAAGAACGAUUCUUCGUUGGAGGACACAAAAUGCCUGUGUGAUUACACCAAAGGAUAUUCGUUCAUCAAUGUACCAAAAGACAAAUGCUACUGUAAUCCAUCAGUUGAUGAUUGCUCUUGUUACCGAGAGUUUUGUCCAUCAGGGAAAAAAUUGUCACCAGAUUAUCAAUGCAGUACGGAGAUCGAUAUGAAAAAAAGGACAUGGAAUUGUUUGAAUAUCGCAUUUGCCGAUGACGGUAAAAACGACGAUCAAGUUCGACUAUAUAUCGAGGAUAUUGACCCCAAAAAUGGAAGACCAUAUAUAAUAGCAGCACAAGUAAUUGUACCGAUUAUAGUGGUCAUAAUGGUAGUUCUACUAAUUUGGUGCUGGAAAACAACGAAAUCAGACAAAAUUGUAGAAAGAAUUAAGCGUUUAGUAUAUGAAAAAGACGAUAAUAAUGAGUCAGAGGCAAUCAUCCUACCCACUGAGAUCUCACUUUCAUCACAUAAGAACGACCAAAUACAAUUCGAAUCUACAUUAUUAAGACAUAGAAGUGACAGCAUAACCAGUGUUCCUGAUAACUGUUCAUCAAUGGAAGAGAUUAAAUUGCUUCAAACUGAUGACCGUACAACUGCCCUAAUUUGGCAAACAAAUCAAAAUGAUACAUCUGUACCCAAAGACGUUGACACAAGUUCUGAUGGAUCAUUCAUGUCGGCAAAAGGUAGCACGACCGGAUUAAAUGAAAUUGAAGACAACAAAAGUGUCAUCAAUGACUCAACAGAAACAACCACGAAGUCUGAAAUGUCAAAGCUAGUAUUUCAAAACGGGGAAAAUGACAGUGACAUACAUUCUGGAACAUAUGAAAAUGAAUAUACGGACGAUAAUAAUGAGUCAGAGGCAAUUAUCCUACCCACUGAGAUCUCACUUUCAUCCUAUACGAACGACGAAAUACAAGUCGAAUCAUUUGAAAAAGAGCGUAAAGACAAAGGUGAUGACUCUGUUGAAGAGAUCUGCACUGUUGAGGCAGAGAAUGAAAGGAGUAAGGAAUACAAACAAUUGGAUACAUCUACAAAAUACUUUGGAGACAAAACUGAAGAAUCAGAUGAAGAGAUCUGUAUUGUUGAGACCGGGGAUGAUAAGAUGAAGGAAAACGAAGAAUUGAAUACAUUUGCAAAAGAGCAUCAAGACAAAAGUGAUGAACCUGUUGAAGAGAUCUGCACUGUUGUGGCCGAGAAUGAAAAGAGGAAGGAAUACAAACAAUUGGAAACAUCUACAAAAGAGCAUAAAGACCAAAGGGACGAAUCAGAUGAAGAGAUCUGUAUUGAUGAGGCUAAAAAUAUUAAGAGUAAGGAAAACGAAGAAUUGUAUACUUUUGAAAAAGAGCAUACAGACAAAAGUAAUGAACCUGUUGAAGAGAUCGGUAAUGUUGAGGCCGAGAAUAAAAAGACAUCUAAAAAAGAACAUAAAGACAAAAAGGACGAAUCAGUUGAAGAGAUCUGUAUUGAUGAGACCGAGAAUAUUAAGAUUAAGGAAAGCGAAGAAUUGAAUAUGAGCAAAUCUAAAUUUGAGACGGAUGAUGCAGACAAAAGUGUCAAUACGGAGACACCUGAUAUCACAGUAAAUAUAACGGAAGAAAAUUUUGAUUCAUUGCUAGAAGGUUUUGAAGAAAGCGAACCGACUGAACAUGAAUCUGCAGAUUCCGAUACUGAUAAAAGAACUGCCCCCAAGAACCGAAAAUCAGAUGACUAAGAAGCUAAUGUAAAAGACAAGGAAAAAUGUUAUUGAAAAGAUUAAAAAAAAAACAUUGGUAAAAAGAGAAACGGAAGACAACUAAAGAAUAGGAAUGGAAUUUCUGACAGAGAUUAGAUUGCAAAGCACCUUUUGAAAUAUAUAUAUCCAAGAACAAAACAAAAGGGCCGUUCAGGAUUGAUAUUAUUUACAGUUUCAUACAAAUAAGACAGUUGAUUGAACAUGAUUGUCAGAAAAUAAAUUUGGUGUCGACUCACCCUGUAUCUUUAUUACAUUGUUUAUCUAAAAUCAAACUUAAUAUAGAACUGUAAACUUGCAAAAAAUAUUAUUUUAGAGAAAGAUGAUUUAAAACACAUUAGAAAUUGAAAAAGAAAAGCCAACGAUAUGAAAUAGAACACUAACAACCGAAACGAAAAAGUAAUG